ACGAAUGAAAGCGGAAACCGCAAUCUUUUUGGUUAUCCGUUUCGCUUCGCUCUGCGUCCCUCCGCCUCUUCCUCAUCCUCUGUUGCUUCCGUCGUCGAUUCUUCUCUCUCUCGUUCUUCAAGGAAGAGAAGGAGGAAGAGAUGGGUUCCGACGCCGCGGCCUACGAUGCCUCCGUUGCCGCCAUCUCUCGCGACAUCGCCAGGAAAAAGAGGGUCAACAGGUCCGCAAAAUUGAAGCAGUGCAAGCUCGAUGCAAGGCGCGAGCAGUGGCUCUCCCAAGUGAGGAACAAGGAUUGCAUGGUGACGAGCAGGGGAGCGCCUGCUGCCUCUUCUCCCCCUCAUGUUGCUCUUUCUAAGAAGUUGGAUCGCACAUCGAAGGAGGAGGAGGAGGAGAAGCAUCGGGUUGAGGUGGAGCCGGAUGGGUUGAGUUUCCACGAAAGUGAGGAAGGUUCCCCGACUCACUGCAGCCACAUGAAUGGAUGUGCUAACAAUAGCAUCAGCAGCGAAAGCAGCUUCGGAUCCUCUUCCAGAAGCUUUAGCAAUGCCGAAGUGGAGGAAGAUAUUUGCGAGGAGAGAGGGGAAGAGAAAGAGGGAAUAGACGAUUGGGAGGCCUUAGCUGAUGCAUUGCCCAUCGCUCAUGACCGCAAUCAACCCAAUCUGAAUCCCCUAGCUUCCAUCCCAGAUUCUACUGCAAGAGCCGUUGGAACGAACAAAGAUUGCCAUGAGGGCUUCGCAAAACCACAUGACAAGCCAAUGGUUCCUAGAGCUUGGAGGGCAGAUGAUGCUUUUCGCCCACAGAGCCUGCCCAACCUCUCAAAGCAGUGGAGUUUCCCUGUGAGCAGAGAAAGGCACUAUGCAGCAGCUAGGUGGGCUCACCAUGACAUCCUUUCCGCGCCAUCAACAUGUCCCAUCUGCUGUGAGGACUUGGAUCCAACGGACUCAAGCUUCCUCCCCUGUAACUGUGGCUUCCGCCUCUGCCUCUUCUGCCACAAGCGGAUUCUCGAAGCAGAUGGUCGCUGCCCUGGGUGCAGGAAGCAUUAUGAUCCUAUGGCUGGUGGUGAGAUGGGCAAUGGGGGAGGAAUGCAACCAGUAACUCUCCGCCUCUCUCAUGCCUGUAGCAUGAUUUCACGAACCUAGGGUGAGAGGAUCAGCUACUUUGUUUCCCUUUUUGGGUCUUUCCAGUGAGUGUUCUCAUCUGCGAGAUCUGAGGGUUGUUUGUGUUUUCAUCAUUAUAGAUCAUAUGUUGGAUCUUCUUACAAGGAAGGCCAUGUGAAUAUGGGCAUAGGGUUUGGGUGUAUAAGGACUAAUUUUGGUAAAUUUAAUGCAGCGAAUGUUAUGUUUUAUUCA